AUGGGUGACUGCAAAACCCUUUCCAGCGGUGUCUGCUGUACGGUGCCUCCACCGCCACCGUUGGUCCUGGCAGCGGUGGCGCUCUUCUUCCUCCUCCAGCCGAGCGCCACGCCCGCCGCCGCGGCGGACCUGUACGGGCUGGUCUACAAGGGCUGCGCGACGCAGACAUUCUCCUCCGAUGGGGGCGCCGCCACCGCUCAGCAGGCCCUGGGCUCCCUCGCCUCCGCGCUGAUAGCCCAGUCUGCCGCCUCCAAGUUCUACAAGACGACCGUCUCCGCCGCCAAUGGGCAGCCGGCGCUCUUCGGCCUGUUCCAGUGCCGCGGGGAUAUCAGCCCCUCCGACUGCGCAGCCUGCGUGGGCCGCAUUCCCACGAUGUGGGUCCGCCUCUGCGGCCAGGCCGCCGCCGCCGCCAGGGUCCAGCUCAACGGCUGCUACGGCCUCUACGAGGUCUCCGGCUUCCCGCAGGUCUCCGGCACGAAGAUGCUCUACAAGACCUGCGGAAGCGGCGGCGGCGGCGGCGGGUUCGAGGAGAAGAGGGACACGGCGUUCGCCAACCUGGAGAGCGUGAUGGCCAGCGGCAGUGGCGGGGGCUUCUACGCCACCAGCUUCGGGAGCGUCUCCGCUAUGGCACAAUGCGAGGGGGACCUAUCGGUGGCCGACUGCGCGGAGUGCGUCACGGAGGCCGUCCAGAAGGUGGAGGUGGAGUGCGGCGGCGCCGUCUCCGGCCAGAUGUACCUCGACAAGUGCUACCUCGCCUACGGUUACUCUUCCAACGGCGUCCCCCACGCUGGCAGCGGCGGCGGCGGGGGCGGGGGAGGGGGCGGCGGCGGUGGGUCUUCAGGUACUUAA